CAUGCUCCAGGACGCAGCGACCCGUAUUAUUUAUGUGCUGGGUUAGCUAGUCACCAUUAUAGCAAACUUAGCUAGCUAGCUACCUGCCUAUAAUGGAGCGGGAGCAGGAGUUGGACCUUGAGCUCACCCUCCUCCCCUCCGCCUGGGCUACGCAGGAAGAGGCGCCCGGCUUCUUCCUCUGCACGUACUGCGGCCGCAAGUUCUGCACCUCCCAGGCGCUCGGCGGCCACCAGAACGCGCACAAGUACGAGCGCGCCCUAGCCAAGCGCCGCCGGGACAUCGCCGCUGCCUUGCGUAAGCACGGUGUUCCCGUGACGCGCGCUGGCCAGUUCCACGCCGGGGCCAGCCCCAGCGCCAGGGCCACUGCCGGAGUCGCUGGAUCUGAACGACCUGAUGCUGGGAGGGAGAGGCCAGUGGCGGUGGACGAGCUGCAAGGUGCUCCGGCGCCCUGGCAAUCUGGCGGCCUGCUCCACCAGGUCGAGCGCACAGAGGAGCUGGAUUUGUCCCUCGGCCUGUGAUUAUUGCGUUCUCCCGAUCCAUGUACCACUUCCAUCUCCUUGGCUUUGCGUAUUUAAAUUGCUAUAUACAUGCAUGUAUAUAUAAUGUGAUUGCUUUUCUCCCCCAGAGGCCAGAGCGCCUUUAAAUUCGUCAGUGUGUGCUACUUGCACGUUACUGGU